AUGACUCCUCUCAUUCAGUUAAUUCCCUCCCCUUCUCUUUUCAAUAAACUCUCCACCUCCUUCUUCCACUCCUCCUUCCUUUAUUUGAAGUCCAUCAGUUCUCUCUUCUUUUCCAUCCUCAAUUCUGUUUUCUUUUUCUUUCUUUUUCUCUUCUUCUUCUUCUUCUUCUUCUUUUUCUCUUUGAAUUCCUAUUUAUACUUUCUCUUUUUCUUCAGUAAUUUUACUGUCUUUUUCUCUUUCUUUGUUUCUCUCGUUUAUUUUUUUUGCUUAACACCUAUCGCUUCGCAACAAACGACUAUUUCACCUUUCAAACUCUCUUUCUUUCAAUAUUCUUUGUGUCACUCCUUUCAAAGAUGUCUCCCGCCUAAGUCACCAUCUUUGUUCUUUCUUUAUAUCUUUAGCCCGGCCUGUGCUGUGGUCUCCUUCCCUUUCUCAACCGGUCUGUGUCUGCUCCCUCCCUUCUCAACGGAGUCUCGCUCCACCCAAACCCCCCCAACCCCCCGCUUGGCCCGCCCCCGGUGUGUUUGUUCCGGUGUUAGCAGGCUUUACACGCCACUUCAUCUUAUUCAGACACCAGUCUCUGACAUCACUGUGCUAAACGCACUAAAUCUCACGCAAAGUGUAGCACGAUGCAAAUCUGACAUCAGUUUUUCAAGCCUCUUUUUCCUUUUCUUUCUUUCCCGACAAAUAAGUUUAAAACGCCUCUCUCUCUCUCUCUCUCUCUCUCUCUCUCUCUCUCUCUCUCUUUCGCUUCAAUUACAUCUACGGACGCCCAACAUCUGUUUACCAAUCUUGUCUCUCUCUAUCUCACUCUUUCUCUAUCUCUCUCUCUUUAUCUGUUUGUCUAUGAUUCACUCUCACUCUAUAUUUCUCUCUCUCUCUCUCUCUCUCUCUCUCUCUCUCUCUCUUUCUCUCUCUAUCUAUCUAUCUGUUUCUCCAGGACAAACCAGCCCUCUAUCCUUUAUCACGCUCUUCUCUCUCUCUCUCUCUCUCUCUCUCUCUCUAGGACUCAAUCCUUUUCUAUUUCUCUCUCUUUAUUUAUCAUUUUCUCUAAGACGCAUUCUCUCUAUUUCUCUCUUUAUCUGUUUUUCUAGGAUUCAGUCUAUAUUUCUCCCCCCUCUCUCCCCCCUCUCUCUUUAG